AUGGAAGUGUAUUCUACGGCUCUGCCGGGACGACAGGAGACAUUCACACUCCUCAUCUUGUAUCUCCAUCUGUGGCAUAGGCCUAUAGCUGAAGCGAUUCAUCCGGACUGCGCCAUCAUCUCUCAGCACCUGAGGGCUCGGGAGGUGUGCCGCCAGACGAGGAGGAGCGAAGCCCAAAACCAGACCGAGCGCAGCGGGUGCAACACAGAGUGGGAUGAGAUCGGCUGCUGGCUGACAGCUGAAGUCGGGCAGGUAGUCAACAAAUCCUGCUCUGAGAUCUUCCAGCAUUUCUCCAGCAAUCAAGGGUAUGUUUCCAGGAACUGUUCGGUCCACGGCUGGUCGGAAAUGUAUCCACCCUACGACGAGGCCUGUGCGUUCAGCGACGACAGCGAGCCUGAAUCUGAGACGAGUUACCUCUCCACGUUCAGACAGGUGUACACAGUGGGCUAUGCCACCUCGCUUAUCUCCCUCAUCACAGCCAUAGUGGUGUUCACUGCCUUCAGGAAGUUCCGCUGCACUAGAAACUACAUCCACAUCAACCUGUUCUCCUCCUUCGUCCUGAGAGCCAGCUCCGUUUUCAUUAAAGACACCGUGCUGUUUGCUGACGAGACCCUGGACCACUGCUCCGUGUCCACGACGGCGUGCAAGUCAGCCGUGGCUUUCUUCCAGUUCAGCAUCCUGGCCAAUUACUUCUGGUUGCUGGUGGAGGGCAUGUAUCUGCAGACCCUGCUGGCCCUGACCUUCGUCUCUCAGAGGAAGUACUUCUGGUGGUACAUUCUGAUUGGAUGGGGGCUCCCAUCAACAGUUCUUAUACUUUGGGUGUCGACCAGAUUCUUCUAUGAUGAUAAAGGUUGCUGGGACGACACAGACAAUGUUGCUAUUUGGUGGAUUAUUAAAGGACCGAUAACAGUCUCGCUGCUGAUCAACAUUGUCAUCUUCAUCAACGUGAUCCGGAUCCUGGUUCAAAAGCUUAAAUCUUCAACCAUGGCCGGGAACAAUGACACUGGACACUUUAUGAGACUGGCUAAAUCCACACUGUUCCUCAUCCCUCUGUUUGGGAUGCACUACACAGUAUUCGCCUUCCUGCCCGAGAACACCGGAGUGGCAGCCCGACUCUACAUCGAGCUGGGUCUGGGAUCCUUUCAGGGUUUUGUGGUGGCACUGCUUUACUGUUUCAUGAAUGGAGAGGUCCAAACAGAGCUGCGGAGAUGGCUAUGGAGGUGUCACAAUCAGAAUCAUCUCACGCCGGCAAAGCGAAGCAUCACUCAGAUAACAGUUGAAGCCCGUGGGGGGCCCAGGCGGCCUCCUUCUAGCGGAAACAUCUCCUCAGUUUGA